UGCUGGUGUGAGAAAUGUGUGAGUGAGGGACGAGGGUAAAUUACUUACGUAGUUUCCACUCUGUUAAUUGUAAUUAACCAAAAGAAAAAGAAAGCGAAAACGAAUCGAGCUUAGUGAAAGGAAAACUGCGAAAGAUGAAGACGCCGAUGAUGAUGAUGGGAUUAAGAUCCUUAUUCCUCCGAUCACUCAACUCUUCCAGAUCUCAUUAUUCUCAUGCAAUCGCCGCCGCUUCAUCCACCAACACCCACCGCACCUUCUCUUCCCUUCGCUUUCCCAAUCCCCUCUCUCCUUCCUCCUCCUCCUCAGAAUGCAGGUCUCCUUUCUCGAAUGGCAUAGGGAGCAUGAGGUUUUAUAGUAAAGAAGUGACCCACAUUCCUGACAUAAAAGACCCCGAGCUUUACAGUGUUCUUAAGGAUUUGUUGGCUGAAAAUUGGAGUGAUCUUUCGGAUGCUGUUGUUUCUGAUGCUAAGCGGGCAUUGUCUAAAAGUACAGACGACAGCGCCGGUAAGGAGGUUGUGACCAAUGUGUUCCGUGCCGCCCAGGCUGUUGAGGAGUUUGGUGGGAUUCUUGUCACCUUGAAAAUGGAAAUUGAUGACAGCAUUGGAUUGAGUGGCGAGGAUGUAAAGCCUUUGCCUGAUCAUGUGCAAAAGGCUCUGCGUACAAUUUUCGAUCGCUACACCACCUAUUUGAAUGCUUUUGGUCCUGAUGAGAACUAUCUGCGGAAGAAGGUGGAGCAGGAGUUGGGUACAAAGAUGAUACACUUAAAAAUGAGAUGUAGUGGCCUUGGCUCUGAAUGGGGAAAGGUUACGGUUCUUGGAACUUCUGGACUUGCUGGUUCAUAUGUUGAGCAAAGAGCAUAGAAGAAAUAAUUUAGAAACAGUGCUUGUAAUUGUUUUUUUGUUGAUUGUAUCAUCAUGUUCUUGAUGCCUGUAGACCCUUCAAUUUGUUUUCUCAUGACUUUUUUGUUGUCAAGUGUUUGAUCGCAAGGAAAUAAUAGCGCUUUUAACUGUCAACUGGGAAUGUUACCAUCAUUUUCAGUGUCAUUUAACAUAAGCUGAAAAAGCUGGUGAAACUUUUUAAGGACUUGUAUAUUUUUCCAAUGAUAUGAAAAUAACAGGUCAGGAGGUUGGUUAUUUA